AUGAAAACACCCCUGGCCCAGUCACAGCAAGGUGAGGUAGAGAAGGUCCCAGAGGCUGGCCACCACAAGCAGGACAGAAAAGUCUCAGCUCGGGGCCAUGGCAGAGGCAGAAACCGGGAGAGAGGUCAACAAAGAGACCAGGGUCUCUAUGAUGUGGCACUAGGGGAUCUUACCCAUGUGGAGAGCAUCAAGCUCAGAGACUGGCAGAUGAUCAGGUAUGCAUGACUAAUGUGAUAGUUUCACAGACAUAAUAUGAUGAAAACCAUUUCUAAAUAUACGAUUGGAGUGAGUUUUCUCAUUUUUACAUUCCCAGGCCAGGGUUAGAAGACUAA